GGGCUGCUGCCGCCCGCGCCCGCGCAGAAGUUCUCGGCGCUCACGUUCUUGAGAGUUGAUCAAGAUAAAGACAAAGACUGCAGCUUGGACUGUGCGGGGUCUCCGCAGAAGCCUCUCUGUGCGUCGGAUGGAAGGACCUUCCUGUCCCGCUGUGAGUUCCAGCGCGCCAAGUGCAAAGACCCUCAGCUGGAGGUCGCCCACCGUGGCAGCUGCAAAGAUGUGUCCAGGUGUGUGGCCGAGAGGAAGUACACCCAGGAGCAAGCCCGGAAGGAGCUGCAGCAAGUGUUCAUCCCAGAGUGCGCCGAUGACGGCACCUACAGCCAGGUGCAGUGUCACAGCUACACGGGGUACUGCUGGUGCGUCACACCCAACGGAAGGCCUAUCAGUGGCACUGCUGUGGCCCAUAAGACACCCCGCUGCCCAGGUUCGGCUCAUGAAAAGCUACCCCAACGAGAAGGCGCGGGAAAGACAGAUGAUGCCGCGGCCCCGGCGCUGGAAACUCAGCCUCAAGGAGACGAGGAAGAUAUCGCGUCUCGCUACCCCACUCUCUGGACCGAGCAGGUGAAGAGCCGGCAGAAUAGAACCAGCAAGAGCUCAGUGUCGUCCUGUGACCAAGAACACCAGUCGGCGCUCGAGGAGGCCAAGCAGCCCAGGAACGGCAACGUGGUGAUCCCCGAGUGUGCGCACGGUGGCCUCUACAAGCCGGUGCAGUGCCACCCGUCCACCGGCUACUGCUGGUGCGUGCUGGUGGACACGGGCCGCCCGAUCCCCGGCACCUCCACCAGGUACCAGCAGCCGAAGUGCGACCACACGGCCAGGGCCCACCCUCCCAAGGCCAGGGACCUGUACAGGAGCCGCCCGCUGCAAGGUUGCCCUGGUGCCAAAAAGCACGAGUUUCUAACCAGCGUCCUGGAUGCGCUGUCCACGGACAUGGUCCACGCCGUGUCUGACCCCUCAUCGGCAUCUGGCAGGCUCUCUGAGCCGGACCCCAGCCAUACCCUGGAAGAGAGAGUGGUACACUGGUACUUCAAACUCCUCGACAGAAACUCCAGUGGGGACAUUGGCAAGAAGGAAAUCAAACCGUUCAAGAGAUUCCUUCGGAAAAAAUCCAAGCCCAAGAAGUGCGUGAAGAAGUUUGUGGAGUACUGUGACGCGAACAACGACAACGCCCUCUCUGUGCGGGAGCUGAUGGGCUGCCUGGGUGUGGCUGGAGAGGACAGCAGCGCUGGCCCGGGGAGGCGCCACACCCCCCGAGGCCAUGCUGGAAGUGCGGCUGACAGGCAGCCGAGGAAGCAAGGAUGAGCAUCGCACGCCCAGGCGCUCCCCAGUCACCCGGGGACGCCCUCACCAAAGAGCGAUUAAAACACGAAAACGAAAA